UGAUAACGUGGUACAAUGAAUAUGAUCUCUUCUCGUUAUCUUUAUCCCUAUAAAUAGCCGUGCAGAGUUUGCCAUUUUUCUCAUCACAGAAAUAUUCCUUCUUCUUACAGCAUAAUGGCAAAGCAAUCGGGAGGCAUUAUCGAUGUUCCAUGCCCAAACAGCCUUGAAUUUCAAGAUCUUGCUCGUUUUGCUGUCGAUGAUUAUAAUCACAAACAUCCUGACAGUAAUUCUGCAUUGGAGUUUGUGAACGUUUUGGGCGUGAAGGAACAAAUAGUUGAUGGAAUAAUGUACUAUAUAACACUUGAAGCAACUGAUGGUGGAAAGAAGAAAAAAUAUGAAGCCAAGAUUUGGGUGAAGAAAUGGGAGGACUUCAAAAAAGUUGUAGAAUUUAAUCUUGUUGGUGAUGAUGGCCCAAAGCCGGGAGGCAUUAUCGACGUUUCAUGCGAAAAUAACCUGGAAUUCCAAGAUCUUGCUCGUUUUGCUGUCGAUGAUUAUAAUCACAAACAUCCUAAUUCUGCAUUGGAGUUUGUGAACGUUUUGGGCGUGAAGGAACAAAUAGUUGAUGGAAUAAUGUACUAUAUAACACUUGAAGCAACUGAUGGUGGAAAGAAGAAAAAAUAUGAAGCCAAGAUUUGGGUGAAGAAAUGGGAGGACUUCAAAAAAGUUGUAGAAUUUAAUCUUGUUGGUGAUGAUGGCCCAAAGCCGGGAGGCAUUAUCGACGUUUCAUGCGAAAAUAACCUGGAAUUCCAAGAUCUUGCUCGUUUUGCUGUCGAUGAUUAUAAUCACAAACAUCCUAAUUCUGUAUUGGAGUUUGUGAACGUUUUGGGCGUGAAGGAACAAAUAGUUGAUGGAAUAAUGUACUAUAUAACACUUGAAGCAACUGAUGGUGGAAAGAAGAAAAAAUAUGAAGCCAAGAUUUGGGUGAAGGAAUGGGAGAAAUUCAAGGAAGUUCAACAAUUCAAGCAGCUUCUUGGUGAUGAAUGAAUCUACUCUUAUGUUGGUGAGAAAUGAAGUUACUAUUAUGUUGGUGAGAAAUAAAUCUAGUUUAUUUAUCUGGAUUGUAUUAUUUGAAUGUUGUGUGGCAUGAAGUUAGUAUUAUGUUUGUGAGAAAUAAUGACAGAUUUAUUAAUCUGGAUGUAUUUGUAUGUUGUGUUGUAAGCGUAUAUCAAUAAAUUUAAAGUUUUUACGUUUGA